CAAUAAUAUUAUACGUAAUCAAAAAUAUUAUUGUAAAAAUAGUCGUGUAAAUAUUUAAUAAUAAUCAUUAUCCGCACGCGAUUCACUCAGUUUUCCUGAUCGAUUCGCACAGCAAUUAAUCAGUACCGGUUAGGUCUUUUUCAUAAAUUGUAUUAUCUACGAUUUGUUCGUAAUCGUCAAUAAUUAUUAUUGUUAAAUAUGUUAGGUUAGAAGUUAGAAUUCAUUUUUUUUUUUUCUGUAUAUAAUCGUUUUCGUCUUGUAACUACUAACUACAUAUUUUGCACCGCAUGUGUUCAUCGUGUUUAGCUGUGAUUUAGUUAUCUGAAAAUACAAUACAAUCUUAGACGUUAUAAUUACGUAGCUGUACCCACUUAUAUACGUAUUUAAUCGUCAUUACUGUGAAAUAGAAGGAGUAUAAUAUUUUUGUUUUAUUAUUCUUAUUGUUACAAAUACCAAUAUAUUGUAUUAAUUAUCUACCUAUUUUUAUAAUUUGAUCAUUAAUUUGAUUAAUUAUUUUCGUGCAAAAUUUUUUAACGUGAGCACGUUAAUUAUUAUUUAUUGAUCUUUAAUACGUCGAGGUAAGCAACCAAAAAUGACUAAAUAUAUUAUGUUCUUUAAAUGAUAUUUAUUUUAAACAAAUUUCACUGUCCAAAAAGAUAACCCUUGAACUUUGAACAAUUUAUUUUACAACAAUCCUUAUGGGUUAUUUAUUAAGAUUAAAGUAACAACUAAUACUUAUAAUUAUUCAAUAAUUCUAUAGUAACUUAAACCAAAAAAAAUGCAUUUACGUCCAAUAUUACGUUCCUUGAUAAGUGCUCAACGACUAUCUUUCAGAAACAAGUAAGAUGUUUGCUUGUGUUUUUUUUUAAAUUGUAUAUAUUUUUCUCUUUUGUUGUGCACAGUUAUAUACAAUAUAUUUUAUGUGUAUAUUUCUUUUAGUAAUUAACAAGGUUAUUUUAAAAUUAUAUAGAUUAUAUUUUCACCAUUUACAUUUGAAAUAUUUACAACUAAAUUCAAUAAUAGUUUUGAUUUAAUUAUGCUAUAUUUUUUUAAUUAUUGUACAUACACUUAUGUAAUGGAUAUUUUCUUAUUAUCUUUUCAGAUUUGUAACUAUGUCGACUAAAGCAGAACAAAAUGGAAUCGAUGUAAAGGUAAACGAGUCAAAUUUAAGUUUACCCCUGGAGAUAUCCGAUCCUGAACUGUAUGCUUUAGUUAAUCAAGAGGCUCGCCGUCAGAUAAAAGGACUUGAAUUAAUAGCAUCAGAAAAUUUUACUUCAGUCUCCGUUUUACAAUGUUUGGGAUCUUGUUUAACUAACAAAUACUCGGAAGGUCUUCCUGGUGCAAGGUGAUUCAAGUAUUGUAUUUUAUAUUUUUGUUUAGUUAAUAAUUUAUUAUUUGAUACUUAGAUACUAUGGGGGUAAUCAAAUAAUUGAUCAAAUUGAAGUUUUGUGUCAAAAGAGAUGUCUUGAAACAUUUUCUUUGGAUCCUAAUCUUUGGGGUGUCAAUGUUCAGCCAUAUUCUGGUUCCCCUGCCAAUGUUGAAGCAUAUACUGCUCUUAUUGGUGGAAGCAGGGGUCGAAUUAUGGGUAAAUAUAUUAUCAUAUAUAUAAUAUUAACAUAUUAAUUAUAUUUAGUAGCACCACACUCAAUAAAUAGAUGAAAUUUAAUAAGUUCUAAACAUAAAUCCUUAAAUUGGGUAUAAUAAUGUUGAUUUUACUUUAAAUAUUUACUUAAAAUAUUAUCAAUUGGCAGCUAAUAAAAUUUUAGUUGAAAAAAAAUUGUUAAAUAUUAUUUAUUAUUUACAAAUUAAAUAAUAGGUAAUAUUAUGAUCAAGAGUCCAAACUCUACAUCAACAUUUCCCAUCCAACCGAUGAUUUCUUACCCUUGCUACAUUAACUUUGCUACAUUAACUUUAGUAGACUUGAAGGUCAUUAGACACAUAGUGAAACCUUUUAGUCUUUAAAAAUAUAAAAUUAAUUUCCUUUCUUGCUAUAUUAAUUUUAAAAGUCCUUAUCGAAUCAGCACAGUAAUUUCUUUUCUUAUCUAAUUUUUUCUAUAAAUUUCGAAAUAAAUGCUUUCAUAACCCUGUUUGAUUUAGUUUGAAAAUAAAAUCUUUCUAGAUGACUAUAAAUUAAUAUUUAUUUGGUUUUUUGUAAUUUUUAACUACCUACAUUAAAUAAAAUAAUAAUAUAAAUGAUGAAUAAUGAAUGAAAUUGACAUAAUACAUAUAUGAUAUUAACACACAUUUUUUGUUUGUUUUAGGUUUGGAUUUACCAGAUGGUGGUCAUAUUAGUCAUGGUUUAAUGACUCAAAAAAAAAGACUCUCUGCAGCAUCAAUAUUUUUUGAAACUUUACCAUACCAUGUAGAUAUGGAAACUGGUUUAAUCGAUUAUGACGAACUAGAAAAGUCUGCAAAAAACUUUAAACCUGAUAUUAUUAUUGCUGGUUUGUGUAAAUUUAAAAUGUGUGUAGAAGUAUUGUUUAAAAUGUAUGAUCUAUUGUUUGUAGGUGUAACAUCAUAUCCUCGGACAUUGGAUUACAAACGUUUUAAAGAAAUAGCUAAAGCCAGCGAUUCAUAUUUAAUGGCUGAUAUGUCACAUAUAAGUGGUUUAGUUGCUGCUGGUGUUAUUCCCUCACCUUUUGAAUACUGUGAUGUGGUUACAUCAACUACACAUAAAACUUUAAGAGGUCCUCGUGCUGGUGUCAUAUUUUAUCGCAAAGGUUAGCUUUUGGUUUCUUUAUAAAGUAAGCUAUUAUUUUGGUUAUCAGUUAUCAUUCAAAUUGUUGAUAAUUACUUAAGAUUUAUUAUACUUUGAUAACAUGAAAAUGUGAUCACAGUUUUAAUAAUUACUUACAUUGAAGUCCCAUAAAUUUCUUCCAAACUUGUAAUUUAUCUUAUGAAUUUGUUAAAAAUUAAUAUUUACAUUUAUUAAAUAUAGGAGUUAAAUCAGUCUCAAAAUCUGGUGAAAAUAUUAUGUACGACUUAGAAGACCGGGUUAAUGCUGCCGUAUUCCCAGGAUUUCAGGGAGGACCUCAUAACAAUGUUAUUGGUGGUAUUGCUGCUGCAAUGCGUUUAGCUACUACACAGGAAUUUAAAGAUUAUCAAAAACAAGUUUUAAGCAAUUGUAAACAAUUAGCCGAAUCUCUGAAGCAACUUGGAUAUAAAAUAUCCACCAAUGGUACUGAUGUACACAUGCUAUUAGUUGAUCUUCGACCAAUUAAUUUAACUGGAUCUAAAGCAGAAUUUACAUUACAAACAGUCGAAAUUGUUUGUAAUAAGAACACAGGUAUAUAAUAUUAAAUUAUAAAAAAAAAAAUUACUAAAUAGUUUAUUUUUAAAAUAUAAGUUCCUGGUGACAAAAGUGCAAUGAAUCCGUAUGGAAUUCGUUUGGGAACACCAGCUCUUACUACACGAGGAAUGAAAGAACAUGAUAUCAUAUUAGUAGCUGAAUUAGUUCAUAAAGGUAUUAUUUAUCAAUAUUACUUUUUUAGAGUAAAAUAAUAAAUUACUGAAUGUUUUGUAGGUUUGACAUUGGCGUUAGAUGCUCAAAAAGUAUCUGGUCCAAAAUUAGUGAACUUCAAAUCUACUCUUACAACAGAUCCAUUAUUUGUUGACCGUGUCAAAGCCUUAACAAAAGAAGUAGAAGACUUUGCUGAAAAAUUCUACAUGCCAGGAUUAUAAUACUUAUAAUUGUGUUAACCAAUUAAGUGAUUAUGUUUUAGAUUGAAUUAUUUAUAUAUUAUAUCUGAGCUACAUCAUUAUUGUAUUUGUGUGCCAAAUCAAUUUUAUAUUUUUGAAUACUGCAUUCAUUGUUUAUACAUUCCAAAACAAGUCACAAUAUAUUUCAUUAACAUUUAUAAAU